AUGCGGCUCCGAAAAAAUGGCCGCUGCGGCUCCAACAAAAUGGCCACCACAGCUGCAAAAACCGAGCGCGGCCUACCACGUGGUGAUCGCACGGCACUGCCACGGUUCAAAAAGCUGCUCAGCAAGAGGCCAGGGGCUGCGGGGUGCAGGUGGGGAAUAAGGGAGAAAGGGUAUGGGCGACAGAGGCCAGCAGGAGAACCCGGGGAGGGGAAACAGAUUACAGGCAGAGCCAAAGCAUCAUAG